AGAUAUGAAUGGCGGACAACUCUAUCCACAAAACUGCUUUCCGAACUCGAUACGAAUCGUACGAGUAUUUGGUAAUGCCGUUCGGACUCACCAACGCACCGGCAACGUUCCAAGCCAAAAUGAACCACAUUCUACGCCCACUUUUGGACGAAUGCGUGGUGGUAUACCUGGACGACAUCCUCAUCUACUCGCGCGACAUGAUGCGGCACGUCGAACACCUGCGACGCGUCUUCGAAAUUCUUCGACGCGAACGAUUCUACGUCAAACUGUCCAAGAGCGAAUUCGCCCUAGAGAAGGUCCAAUUCCUAGGACACAUGGUGAGCGCUAAAGGAGUUCACGUCGACCCCAAGAAAAUCGAAGCCGUACGCACGUGGAAGACACCCGAGAACGUGAAGGAGUUGCAGCAGUUCCUAGGCUUCGCUAAUUACUACAACAAGUUUGUGCCACAGUAUGCGAAGCUCGCAGCACCACUCACGAAUCUGCUGAAGAAGAACACGCCCUACAAAUGGGAGACGAAGCACCAGGAAGCCGUGGAGCAGCUGAAACAAGCACUGACAUCCCCACCGGUGCUCAUCUUGCCAUAUCCCGAACGUGCCUACGUCAUUGAAGCAGACGCCAGUGACCAGGCAGUGGGAGCAGUCUUGAUGCAAGACCAAGGGAACGGACUGCCACCAAUCGCCUACCUGAGCAAGAAACUGCACGGGGUAGAACUUAAGUAACUGAUACACGACAAGGAGGCCCUUGC